UUUUUGUAGAGUUUUUAUUCAGUGUGGCUGCGCAACAACUCUCCACUUUCUUUUCGGUGUAAAAAAUUAAGCUGCUAACAACAUGGGUCGUAUGCACGCUCCUGGCAAGGGUAUUUCCCAAUCAGCUCUGCCCUACAGACGCACUGUGCCAUCCUGGCUGAAACUGAAUGCCGAGGAUGUCAAGGACCAGAUCAAGAAGCUGGGCAAGAAGGGUCUGACUCCCUCCAAAAUUGGUAUUAUCCUGCGUGAUUCGCAUGGUGUUGCCCAAGUGCGCUUUGUCAAUGGCAACAAGAUUCUGCGCAUCAUGAAAUCCGUUGGUCUGAAGCCCGACAUUCCCGAGGAUUUAUACCACAUGAUCAAGAAGGCUGUUGCCAUCCGCAAGCAUUUGGAGCGCAACCGUAAGGAUAAGGAUGGCAAAUUCCGUCUGAUUCUGGUCGAAUCGAGAAUCCACCGUCUGGCUCGCUACUACAAGACAAAGAGCGUGUUGGCCCCCAACUGGAAAUACGAAUCGAGCACCGCCUCAGCUCUUGUUGCCUAAGUUUUCUUUAAUAUGUGAGUGAAUACAUUUUUAAUGUAGGAUCACAAUAGAGAAUAAAAACUAAAAAAUUUUAUAAACAUCCAGCAUA